GCGCGCAACGUCGUCAUGUUCCUGGGCGACGGCAUGUCGCUGCCCACGCUGGCGGCGGCGCGCACGCUGUUGGGCCAGCGCGCCGGCCGCCCCGGCGAGGAGUCGCAGCUCUCCUUCGAGGCCUUCCCGACAGUAGGCCUCGCGAAGACGUACUGCGUGGACUCCCAGAUACCAGACUCGGCGUGCACGGCCACGGCGUACCUGUGCGGCGCCAAGGCCAACCUCGGCACCAUCGGGCUGACGGCCGCCGCGCCGCGCGGGGACUGCGCCGCGUCGCAGCGCCGCGCCAACCGCGUGCACUCCGUCGCCGCCUGGGCGCUGGACGACGGCCGCGACGCCGGCAUCGUGACGACGACGCGCGUGACGCACGCGUCGCCGGCGGGCGCGUACGCGCACGUGGCCGACCGCGACUGGGAGAGCGACGCCGCCGUGCGCGCCGCCGGCGCCGACCCGCGCCAGUGCCCCGACAUCGCGCACCAGCUCGUGCACUCGCACCCGGGGAACCGGUUCAAGGUGAUCCUGGGCGGCGGGCGGCGCGAGUUCCUGCCGGAGCACGUCGAGGACGAGGAAGGCGCGCCCGGCUUGCGCGCGGACGGGCGGAACCUCAUCGAGGAGUGGCAGGCCGACAAGGCGCGCCGCAACGCGACGUACCAUUACGCGUGGAACCGCGAGCAGCUGUUGCAGGCCAACGCCACGCUGCCCGACUACCUACUGGGGCUGUUCGAGAGCAGCCACCUGCGCUACAACCUGGAGACCGACCCCGCCACCGAGCCCACGCUGGCCGAGCUGACGGAGGUGGCCAUCCGCUCGCUGGCGCGCAACGAGCGCGGCUUCUUCCUGUUCGUGGAGGGCGGGCGCAUCGACCACGCGCACCACGACAACCACGUGGAGCUGGCGCUUGACGAGACGCUGGAGCUGAGCGCGGCCGUGGCGCGCGCCGCCGAGCUGCUGGACGAGCGCGACUCGCUGCUCGUGGUCACGGCCGACCACGCGCACGUCAUGGCGUUCAACGGGUACACGCACCGCGGCGGCGACAUCCUCGGACCCUCGGACGACGCCGACUCGGACGGCGUGCCCUACAUGACGCUGUCGUACGCGAACGGGCCCGGGCACCGGCGCGCCGAGGGCUCCAAACGUCCUGACGUCACACAGGAUGCAGAUUAUCGCGAACUGCGCUGGCGCUCACACGCGGACGCGCCGCUCGCCUCCGAGACGCACGGCGGCAAGGACGUGGCGGUGUUCGCGCGCGGGCCGGCGGCGGAGCUGUUCGCGGGCGUGCUGCAGCAGAGCCAGCUGCCGCACAUCAUGGCGUACGCGGCGUGCGUGGGCGACGGCGCGCGCCUGUGCGACGCGCACUCCGCGGCGCCCGAGCGCGACUGACGCAGCGGUGUCGUGCUGCAGCAGAGCCAGCUGCCGCACAUCAUGGCGUGCGCGGCGUGCGUGGGCGACGGCGCGCACCUGUGCGACGCGCACUCCGCGGCGCCCGAGCGCGACUGACGCAGCGGUGUCGUGCUGCAGCAGAGCCAGCUGCCGCACAUCAUAGCGUGCGCGGCGUGCGUGGGCGGCGGCGUGCGCCUGACGCAGCGGUAUACAAAUUCCACUUUUUGUGCCUAUUCAACUACUGCGUUUGAAAAUAUAGAUAUGGAUCUAUCACACAAUUACAUUAUGAACAGAAUUAAACUAAAAAAAACAUAAAAAAAAAAAUCUAAAGUAUAAUCUAAAAAUAAAAAUAACAUUUAAGAGGUAUCUCUUUUGUACUGAGUUAAAAAAUAGUUUUUUUUUUUAAUACUUUUCUAGUUUAUUUUUGAAAAUAGACAAAGUGUCACCAGCUAUAUCAAUAUUUACUUCCUUAGAAAUAGUGUUAUAUGUGGAAAUCAUUCUAUUUAAUGGAGCUGAAGUUUUGGAGUAACUAGUCCAAACGUGAAAUUUUUGACCCGAAAAUAUGGUCUUGGUAUUCUGACAGAAAUUCUAGAAAGUAAAGUGGAUGCAUCUACCGGUCCAUUAAGUAAUUUAUAUAAGAAACAUAAAUCUAACAUCUUUCUACGGUCCGAGUGAGCUAACAAUUUGUAAUGGUGUAGUCUAGAGUUAUAUCUCAUCUAGGUACAACAAGAGUAAACAAUUACUUCAACGCUGUCGAGUAAGCACAAAUAGUCAAAUACACACUUUAUGCACGUCUGAAUGUGGAGUCAAAAUCAUUAUAAAGAGAUCAUAUCAUGUUAUAUUUUACAUAUUUUAUUCUCUGUGUGGUAUGGAUGUGGAGGACCUUCCUUUGACAAAUAAAUAAACAAUAUGACAUACUGUGGUUGUAUUUUUGUUACUACUGUCACUGUACACACACUACGUAUAUCUAAUGUCACUUGCGACAAGUCUGUCGCGCUGUCGUGCUGCACGUGGUACUGUCGCGACUGUCGCCGCUGAUGGACAUCGGGAAGGUGCACGUCAGCUUCAGU